CCGGGUCGAAAAAUUAGCAGUCGUGAAUCUGAGCUAACGGAUGCUAGUUUACAGUCACUAAAACGAAGCCGAGUGGAGCAACAUUGGAAAUUUAAGCACGCAGUGAAUCGCUUUCAAAGCUUUCCUUACCCAAACACAUGACACAGCAAUGCCUGGACUCAGCUGUCGAUUUUACCAGCACCGCUUCCCAGAGGUGGAGGAUGUGGUCAUGGUGAACGUGAGGUCCAUCGCAGAGAUGGGAGCCUACGUCAGCCUCCUAGAGUACAACAACAUCGAGGGUAUGAUCCUCCUGAGCGAGCUGUCGCGUCGACGUAUUCGCUCCAUCAACAAGCUCAUCCGCAUAGGACGCAACGAGUGCGUGGUGGUCAUCCGAGUAGACAAAGAGAAAGGAUACAUUGAUCUAUCAAAAAGAAGAGUUUCACCAGAAGAGGCCAUCAAGUGUGAAGAUAAAUUCACCAAAUCUAAAACUGUAUACAGCAUCCUGCGACACGUGGCCGAAGUGCUGGAGUACAGCAAAGACGAGCAGCUGGAGAGCUUGUACCAGCGCACCGCCUGGGUCUUUGACGAGAAGUACAAGCGGCCGGGAUACGGCGCCUACGACGUCUUCAAACAGGCCGUGUCUGAUCCUUCUAUCCUGUGUGACCUGGACCUGACAGAAGAAGAGAGGGCUGUGCUUAUUGACAACAUCAACAGGCGACUCACGCCGCAGGCCGUCAAGAUCCGAGCAGACAUUGAAGUGGCUUGUUACGGCUACGAGGGCAUCGAUGCCGUGAAGGAUGCGCUGAGGGCGGGACUGGGCUGCUCGACAGAGGCCAUGCCCAUUAAGAUUAACCUGAUCGCUCCUCCCCGCUAUGUGAUGACCACCACCACUUUGGAGCGCACGGAGGGCCUCUCCGUCCUCAACCAGGCCAUGGCGGCCAUCAAGGAGAAAAUUGAAGAGAAGAGGGGCGUCUUUAACAUCCAAAUGGAGCCCAAGGUAGUGACGGACACUGAUGAGACGGAGCUGGCCCGGCAGCUGGAGCGGCUAGAGAGGGAAAAUGCCGAGGUGGACGGAGACGACGAUGCAGAGGAGAUGGAGGCUAAAACAGAGGACUAAAGAAACAUGGAUACAGUCAGUUCAUCAAUGACAAACUGCUAUUAAAAGUGCUUCUUUUGGACUUUUAACAGCAGUUUUCUGUUUAGCCUGCUUGCUUAAGAAGGUAUUUGACACAUUGAGUCGUUCAAGGGCAGUGUGCUUCUAUUUUGUAAUGACAUCGCCGUGACCUUCAAACAAGUAUCCAUGGGGUUGUCACGUAACAGGGGGUGCAAACAAAAAAAACCGCAGGAUCUGCUGUCUGCCCGUCAUUCAGUGGUGACAUUUACAGGGGUUUUGCUGAUAGGAUCUACUCGUCUGUUCCCUUGGCAACAAUAAAAAUCUUGAUCUCGA